AUGGAGUUUACAGCGUCGCCCAAGCCCCAGCUGUCCUCUCGGGCCAACGCUUUCUCCAUCGCCGCGCUCAUGUCGAGCGGCGGCUCCAAGGAGAAGGACGCGGCGGAGAACACCAUCAAACCCCUGGAACAAUUUGUGGAGAAGUCGUCCUGUCCCCAGCCCCUGGGCGAACUGACCAGCCUGGAUGCUCACGGGGAGUUCAGGGGUGGAGGCAGCAGCAGCCCAUCCUCCUCCUCUCUGUGCACAGAACCCUUGAUCCCCACCACCCCCAUCAUCCCCAGCGAAGAAAUGGCCAAAAUCGCCUGCAGCCUGGAAACCAAGGAACUGUGGGACAAAUUCCAUGAGCUAGGCACUGAGAUGAUCAUCACUAAGUCGGGCAGGAGGAUGUUUCCUACCAUCCGGGUGUCGUUUUCGGGAGUGGAUCCUGAGGCCAAAUACAUAGUCCUAAUGGACAUCGUCCCCGUGGACAACAAGAGGUAUCGCUACGCCUACCACCGGUCCUCCUGGCUGGUGGCCGGCAAGGCUGACCCUCCGCUACCAGCAAGGCUCUACGUGCACCCAGACUCUCCCUUUACUGGUGAGCAGCUAUUGAAACAGAUGGUAUCUUUUGAAAAGGUGAAACUCACUAACAAUGAGCUGGAUCAGCAUGGCCAUAUAAUUUUGAACUCAAUGCAUAAGUACCAGCCACGGGUGCACAUCAUUAAGAAGAAAGACCACACAGCCUCAUUACUCAAUCUGAAGUCUGAAGAGUUCAGAACGUUCGUCUUUCCAGAGACAGUUUUCACGGCAGUCACAGCCUACCAGAAUCAACUGAUAACCAAGCUGAAAAUAGACAGCAAUCCUUUUGCCAAAGGAUUUCGGGACUCCUCCAGGCUCACUGACAUUGAGAGGGAAAGUGUGGAGAGCCUGAUCCAGAAGCAUUCCUAUGCCCGCUCACCUAUCCGUACCUAUGGAGGAGAAGAGGAUGUCCUGGGGGAUGAAAGUCAGACAACCCAAAAUCGAGGGUCAGCCUUUACAACAUCUGACAAUUUGUCUCUCAGCUCCUGGGUGUCAUCUUCUUCCAGUUUUCCUGGAUUUCAGCACCCACAGUCCCUGACUGCUCUUGGCACCAGCACAGCGUCCAUAGCAACACCCAUUCCUCACCCCAUUCAGGGUUCUCUGCCACCAUAUAGCCGACUGGGAAUGCCUUUGACCCCAUCAGCCAUUGCCAGCUCCAUGCAAGGGAGUGGUCCCACAUUCCCUUCAUUCCACAUGCCACGAUACCAUCAUUACUUCCAGCAGGGGCCCUAUGCUGCCAUCCAAGGACUACGCCAUUCCUCUGCUGUGAUGACACCAUUUGUAUGA